UCUUAGAGAAUGACAAGUGCACAACCUGGGCACGAACAAGGAUAACGGCAGAGGAGGUAACCCUGCAUUUCAGUUAAAAUUAUACAAUUAAGUCUACAAUACUCGUAAAAGGCCAAUAGAGGAAGAGGAACCCAGCUGUGGAUUUUUAUCUUUUGAAAAUGGAAAAAAAUCUCAAAUCUGCUCGCAUCAGGCGCUACUCAGAGGCGAUGACACUGCCAGACUCUUUCAUCCAGCGCCAGCAGCUGGACGCCAGCAUGGCUGACACCUUCCUGGAGCAUCUCUGUCUGCUGGACAUUGACCAGGAGCCAAUCACAGCGCGGAACACCAGCAUAAUCUGCACCAUAGGUCCAGCAUCCCGAUCGGUCCCAAAACUCCAGGAGAUGGUCAAAGCAGGAAUGAAUAUUGCUCGUCUAAAUUUCUCUCAUGGCUCACAUGAAUAUCACGGGGAAACCAUCAAAAACAUCAGAGAGGCGGUGGAGACCAUAACCUCUGACCCCUUGUAUUAUCGGCCGGUUGCCAUCGCCUUGGAUACGAAGGGUCCAGAGAUCCGCACUGGACUAGUAAAAGGGAAAGUAGAGGAGGAGGUGGAGCUUGAAAAGGGCAGCCGUGUCCGUGUGGUGACAGCAGAAAGUGACAGAGACAAUACAGACGGCAAGAUUAUCUGGGUGGACUAUCCCAGUCUGUCCAAAGUCGUCAAGAAGGGGGGUACGAUCUACAUUGAUGAUGGCCUCAUUGGACUCAAAGUUGUAGAAAUAGGCUCUGACUGGGUGGAUACGGAGGUGGAAGCCGCCGGGUUGCUGUGUAGUCGUAAAGGAGUUAACCUCCCCGGCAGUGACCUGAUCGGCCUGCAGGCGGUCAGUGAGCGAGACGAGGCCGACCUGAGGUUUGGGGUUGCUCAAGGGGUGGACAUCGUGUUUGCCAGCUUCAUUCGCUCUGCUGAGGAUGUCAAGGAUGUGCGGCGGGUUCUGGGGGCACAUGGGCGAGAUAUCAAAGUGAUCAGCAAGGUGGAGAGCCGGCAGGGGGUUCUUAAUUUUGAGGAGAUCCUGGCAGAGAGUGACGGCGUGAUGGUUGCCAGGGGUGACCUGGGGAUUGAGAUCCCAGCAGAGAAAGUUUUCAUUGCCCAGAAGAUGAUGAUUGGUCGCUGCAACUCCGCUGGCAAGCCCGUCAUCUGUGCAACACAGAUGCUGGAGAGCAUGGUAGCCCACCCACGGCCAACCAGAGCGGAGGGCAGUGACGUCGCCAACGCUGUGCUGGAUGGAGCAGACUGUGUAAUGUUAUCUGGGGAGACCGCCAAGGGACUGUUUCCAGUCAAGGCAGUCGCAAUGAUGCACUCGAUUUGCAGGGAGGCAGAAGCAGCCAUUUUCCACCAGCAGCUGUUUGAGGAGCUGCGUCGCCUCACUCCUCUCUCCUUUGACCCAACGGAGGUCACAGCCAUCGGAGCUGUGGAGUCCUCCUUCAAAUGCUACGCUGGGGCCAUCAUAGUCCUCACCACCAAGGGCAAGUCGGCACACCUCUUGUCCAGGUACCGCCCACGCUGUCCCAUUGUUGCUAUCACCAGAAGCCCUCAGGUGGCCCGUCAGUCUCAACUGUUGAGAGGAGUGUUCCCUGUCCUCUUCCACCCCCUGCCUGCUCCUGUCUGGGCCGAUGAUGUAGACAACAGGGUCAACUUUGGCAUGGACAUAGGAAAAGCAAGAGGAUUCUUCAAGUCAGGCGACAUGGUGAUUGUGGUGACAGGCUGGAUUCCAGGGUCUGGUCACACUAACAUAAUGAGAGCUGUCAAUGUCCCAUAGAAACCUUGGCUCUAAAUCUGACUGAUAUGCUGACCAGUUUUAAAGCCUCUUUUCAAUGCAUAUUCUUAUAAAUUGGACACAAAACCUGAGGCGUCUGCAUAUAUAAAAUAUUUACUACUGUCAAAUAUUUUAACAGAAUAAUUUUGGUAGCAUUACACGUGUUAUUGAAAUUCAAGGUAUGGUGAGGAAACUCAUCCCACAAGAACUGAGAACGUGUCUUGAAAGUAAUGACUCCCUAGAAAUAAAACUUGAACUAUUAACUUUAAGCUUCAUUAAUGGAACCACCAAUCCUCUUAUUUUCAUCUUUUAUAUAUUUUUUGGAGUGAUAUUAUAACUGCCUCGUUGCAUGCCACUGUUAAAAAAUAACAUUAUUGGAAGUCUUAAGAUAUGGUUUUCUGUCCUGUCCUAAGCUUAUCUGUCAGGCUUUGAUUCAAUUGGCCAUUACUGUAGAAGCUUUGCCAGUAGAUGCUGAGAUGAUGGUGGGUAAUGAACUACACCCAUUUGUCCACAGAGAUGAUCCAGAUGCCAACAUCUGACUACUUUUCUCUCAUAAACUAAUUAUAUCUGCUUUG